AUGGCCAAGAGAUUCACUUGGAGCAUACUUCUGCUCCCACUCGUCCUCCUUCUCCAUGCCGGCGUUUUUGUCGGCGAGAUUCUCGUCCUGCACGCCGGCACGGGCGCCAUUGACAGCGGCGACCGUCUCCCUUCGGGGUAUGGCCUGUAUACUGUUUUGAUUGAGGCCGAUGAGUACUCGUACGGUGUCGAGGGAGGGGGCGAUAGCGUCAAGGGCCUGCCCGACUCGCACGACUUCUCGCGCAACAAGGACUGGUUCGCCAUCUACGCCGGCGCCUACUGCAGCGGCAAGAAGCACGGCCCCGACCGCUACGAGGCCACGUACUGCUCGCCCUGGGCCAAGCAGUUCUUUGACCUGCAGUGGCUGUGGCGCGUCUGGGGCGUCGACCUCGUCGAGAAGAACUUUGUCGGCUCGAACCCGCAGAUCAUCUUUGGCAGCCUCUUGGCGGCCGUCAUCACCACAGCUCUUACGGCCGUGUUUGGCCUGUUUGCUUUCUGUUCGCACUGGAGCAUCGUCAUUGCCGCCGUGGUGACAUGGAUAGCCACAGCGGCAACAAUCACGGCGACGCUGGUGGCACAUUUCUUCGCCAAGAAGUUCGUGCACGACAUAUCCGACAUCAAGCUGUCGGGCACGGGCAAGCUGGUAGUGAGCAGCAACGGCGUCGCUGACCGCGUGGGCUACACGGCCAGCGCGCUGGCGCUGGUGGCGUCGCUGCUGUGGGCCUUCAUCGCCUGGCGCGAGCGGCGGCGCGUGCGCAGCGAGCGCAGCGGUCGAGGCAGGGGCCGCACGUCGUACAAGCACCUGUCAGUUCCCGGCGAAGGCACCGGCGAAGAGCUCAACAGCCUGCGCUACGCGUCGCAGGUCGAUCUCGUGCAGCCCAGGUCGCGUGCACAGUCCAUGGAGCCGCCGGUUGUCGUCGUUGUCGGCGCUGGCGGGGGCGCGGCGUACGAGCCGAUGCGCCAUCGCGAUGUGGGAUGAUUGAUUGCAGGUUGCGGUUUGUCAUUCAUCGAUGACGUUGGUUCUAGGUUGGGGGUGGUGCGAUGGUG